AUGGGUAAAAUCGACACGGUACAACAACACCAGGAGGACAGUAAACGAGAAAAAGAAAAGCGAACUGCAGCGAUCACCGAAAAGGAUCCAGAAAGGCGUUUGACACCGCCGAGUAAAGAAAAUCAAAGUAAACACGAAACUAAAUCAAAAAACGAAACUAAAUCAAAAAGAGCUCAACUCUCAUCACAAAAACAACAAAAGGAAUCACCCCUCAAUCCAAAAGCAAAACCUCCAACAUCAUCUCGCUUAAAAGGUGACAAGGAUAAAGUUUCUACUAAUGGUUCUGCUGUACCGACUGAUCAAGCAAAAACAUCCAAAGAAAGGACUGAUAGGAACGGAUCCGCCGAUCCACUCAGGGCCGCUCAAAAUCCACUCGUUUCUACUGAGGAUACCCCUUGGUUAAUCAUAUUUGCAUUGCUUUCAACUCUUACAACCAAUCACUUUUGA